UGCAAUUUGGGCAUCAGCACAGUUGAAGCUCGCCGACGAAGACAUUAAGAUGCUGAAACAUUCAUUGAUCCUGAUUCUGAUCCUUGUGGUUGCAGUCUGUUGUUUUGCCGCCGAAUUGCCAGGAAAUGCAUACUUGCCACCAUUGAGAGAUUAUCAUCAGCUUGCCGAUGAUAUUCCACCAGCUGAUAAUGGUUUUCCCGUCGACAUGGACCGGGAUUCGUUUGAGAGGUACGCACCCAUCUUUCUGGACUAUCCGGAAGUUCGUCCUGUGCUCAGGGAGCAGCAGGAAUACGCAUUGGAUCUGCCGUUCGAGGAGAAACACCAUUAUCGGAAAACAUCAGGUCUGGAAAAUGCUGCUGCUGCCAAUCGCAAUUGGUAG